AUGCCGAGAAGUACGAAAAGUACUCGAAGCGCUAAAGGCCACUGCAAGGCUUGCAAAGAACCUGACGAUGACCGGAUGGUUAGCUGCUGCCACUGCGGAUCCUGGUGGCAUUUUAAAUGCGUGGGCGUCAACGACAGUAUCGCCGAGCCCGACCGGGUGUUCACCUGUCCAGAGUGCCAACGGCCGUCGGCACAAAUACCGGUGGUCAAACUAGCCGACAAGAAGACCAAAAGCGUGAGUUCUUCCUGCUCCAGCAGAGCAGCCAAGGCGCGUUUAGAGCUCGAGAAGCUCGAGGCUCAGAAAGCUCUGGCCGUGAAGCGCCUAGAACUUAAGCGGCGAGAACAAGAGCGGAAACACAGGGAAGCAGAGUUGUUGAUGCAGCAGAAGAAGGCGCAAGAGGAGACGGAACUUCAACAACUAGAGCUGCAAAUGGAAGAGACGGUGAUGAACGAAUCAUUCCGUCUGCGGGAGAUUAUCGCGCAAGAGGAGGGCGAGGACGACGACAUCAGGAGUGUUACAUCCGAGCAGAGUUCGAACAGCAAGGUUCGGCAAUGGAGAGCAUUCAACUCGACCAUGGUAGCCUCGACGGAGCAGGCUCCGCCGAUUGACCCGACCAGCAACGAAGCAACGUCAGCGACCGGAACUACACCAGUUAGGCACGGCAGUAAUCAACGGCCUCCUAGUAAUCAGGGAGUUUUGGAAGACGCAAUGACAGGUAUUUCGUUAGGGCAAUCAGGAAGCGAGCCAACGUUAGGAGGAAUUAUCGGUCGUGCAGAAAGCACCAUGGUAGCGACAGCUGGUAGGAUCAAGACAGACCUUCCCCCGCCUCCCCCGGCUCCAUCAGGGACUAGCUUUAAAACUCACCUAGAGCAAUUCUCGUCUCAUAGUUUACCGACUCCCCCCGUCCCUUCUGUUGACAUACGUGUGCCAUUCAGUCAAACCUCCGCGAACGUGCCCGUGAACAAUCCGGCAGUUGUUUCACAAAUCGCGAAUUCGUGUUCUCGCUUUGCCGCGCAGUCGUCUGUGUUACACGAAGUCGGUCAAACUAGUGCAAAUCGUGAUAGUGGAAUGUCAGUGGCAGACCUACUUGGAGGUCCUCCAAGGCUAUCGUUCCCUGGCCAGCCCGGAACAGGACAACUAGGUGAUCAAGCUGUGCGGCAGAGAGGACCGCUGGAGCAACGACAUGGGUCAGCAUCCCAGCCUCCAUUGGAACAUCCUCCACAGCAUCAUGGCCCGGCAUAUUGUGGACCUUCCCCGCAACAAUUGGCAGCUAGACACGUGAUGGCGAAGGAGCUACCAACGUUUUCAGGUAAUCCGGAAGAUUGGCCGCUAUUCAUUAGUGCGUACGCCAAUUCUACGCAGGCGUGCGGAUUCACAGACGCUGAAAAUUUGGCAAGGUUGCAGCAGUGCCUCAAAGGGCAUGCACUAGAAUCAGUGCGGAGUCGACUGCUUCUGCCAGCGGGUGUCCCACAUGUCCUAGCUACGUUGGAAACACUGUAUGGCAGGCCGGAGUUGCUGAUACACGCGUUGCUGCAGAAGAUUCGAGGAGUUCCUCCACCGAAGCAGGACAGGCUCGAUACGCUUAUCGGAUUUGGAAUGGCAGUGCAGAAUCUCAGUGAUCAUUUGGAAGCUGGGAGGCAUGAAGCACAUCUAAACAACCCGAUGCUACUAUUUGAGUUGGUAGAGAAGCUGCCGGCGCAUAUGAAGCUCGACUGGUCUCUGUACAAGCAGCGUUGCGGAGAAGUCAACAUUCGAUCCUUUGCUCAGUAUAUGCAGACAUUGGUGCGGGCAGCGACCGAUGUAACAUUGCAGUACGACCCAAGGCAGCAGCAUUCGUCACAGCAGCAGCGAUCACCAAAGGAAAGGUUCAGCAAAGACAAAAAUUUCUGCGGAACUCACACGUCCGACAACUCAACACGGAUGGCGAGAGCGGCGGAAGCAGUAGGAGGGGCAGCACAUCCAACUUGCCUGAUUUGCAAAGAUCCGGAGCAUCGCGUCAAAGACUGUUUGGAAUUUCGUAAGAAGGCCGUCGAGGAGCGUUGGAAGACGAUACAGCAACUCAGCUUGUGUCGGCUCUGUCUCGGCGCACAUGGAAGAAGGCCAUGCAAGAUUCGCAAGCAAUGCGACAUUGGUGGAUGUCAUCGUCGACAUCAUCCGUUGCUGCACUCGGAUGAGGAACAAAGGGACACCAGGCGAGCAGAAGAUGGGAAGCAUGGCAAACGUGACAGCAAGCUACCAGGAGACAACGUCGUGGCGAAUAGAAACGAGGUUUCACAAGAAUCGGCCGAGCCAAAGCCGAGUGGUUCUAAGGUUUCCACAAAUCACCAUUUCACCGGUAAAACAACGCUGUUUAGGAUCAUUCCCGUGACGCUGCAUGGGAACAACCGCUCCGUAUCUGUGUAUGCCUUCUUGGAUGACGGUUCGGAGAAAACAUUGGUGGACGAGGAGGUUGUGAAACAACUAGGUGUCAUUGGAGAGAGCCAACCGUUGUGCUUGCAGUGGACGUCGAAUGUGAAGAGGACAGAGGCGGGUUCCCAACGUGUUACCUUGGAGAUCGCCGGGUUUUCAAGCUCGACCAAACACACUCUGUCGGACGUGCGUACAGUGAACAAGCUGGACCUACCCAGGCAGACGCUACGAUAUGCGGAGUUGGUGAAGACAUUCCCGUAUUUGAGAGGCCUACCGGUCGGCGAUUAUGAGAACGCGCAGCCUCGCAUCCUUAUCGGAAAUGAUAAUGCGCACGUCACUUCUACCCUGAAACUACGGGACGGACAACCAGGAGAACCGAUAGCAGCAAAAUCACGUUUAGGAUGGACGGUUUACGGUUCCAAUCAAGAAAAGUCCGUAGACAGAGUUCACACCUUCCACCUUUGUGAAUGCCAGGAAACGGAUCAAACGCUUCACGAGCGGGUGGAGCAGUUCUUUUCGGUAGAUAGCCUGGGAAUAAUGGAAGUCGAUCGUCCUGAAUCGGUUGAAAUCCAGCGAGCUAACAGGAUCCUGCGGGAAACCACGAAGCGUAUCGGGCUUCGAUUCGAAACGGGACUUUUAUGGAAGUACGACUGCUUUGAAUUCCCGGACAGCUAUCAUAUGGCGGUUCGACGGCUACAGUGUCUGGAGAAGCGGAUGCAGAACGAUCCUGUUAUUGGAGAGAGCGUAAGAAGACAGCUGUGCGAGUAUCAGUCGAAAGGUUAUAUCCAUAAGGCGACGCAGAAGGAGCUAGACGAUUCAGAUCCAAGACGUACGUGGUAUCUACCCUUGGGGGUAGUUAUAAACCCCAAGAAGCCGUCCAAGAUUCGCAUCUUUUGUGAUGCGGCGGCGAAGGUCGAUGGCAUUUCGCUCAACACGAUGCUAUUAAAAGGGCCAGAUUUUCUCCGGACAUUAUUGGACGUUCUCUUCGGUUUCCGAGAAAGGCGAAUCGCUCUAUGCGCAGACUUGAAAGAGAUGUUUCACCAGAUACGGAUCAGGCCGGAAGACCGUCAAGCUCAACGGCUGAUCUGGCGCGAGGAUCCAUCCCAGGAUCCCGAAGUAUACUUGAUGGACGUGGCAACCUUUGGUGCAACAUGUUCUCCGUGUUCGGCCCACUUCGUCAAAAACUUAAACGCGGAAGAGCAUGCCAAAGAGUUUCCUGCUGCCGCAGAUGCCAUAAUUCGGAAACAUUACGUGGACGAUUAUUUGGACAGCGCUGACAACGUGGAAGAAGCGGUGAAACUGGCGAAUGAGGUCAAGCACGUCCAUUCUCUCGGCGGAUUUCAUCUUCGGAAUUGGCUUUCUAACUCCAGGGAAGUUCUGGCACGGGUCGGGGAGACCGAUCAAGCCACGGAGAAGUGUCUCCAGCUGGACAAAAGCACUACCACGGAACGCGUACUAGGGAUGUAUUGGAAGCCCGACGAAGAUAUUUUCAUGUUCUCCACUAUCCCAGCGCUGAACACGAAACACCCUACCAAACGUCAGGCGCUACGUGUAGUCAUGAGCCCGUUUGACCCGGCAGGAUUGUUGUCUUUCUUCCUCAUCCACGGAAAGAUAUUAAUCCAAGAUUUGUGGCGAGCCAAGACCGACUGGGACGAACUGAUUCCGGAAAAGCUGUGUGAGAAGUGGACGCGGUGGAUUGAGCUGUUUCGCAACUUGGAGGACAUUCGUAUUUCACGUUGUUACUUCCCGCACCAUUCGGCGAACGACAUUGUGUCACUGCAGCUGCACAUCUACGUAGACGCGAGCGAGGAAGCAUACGCGUGCGUGGGGUAUCUGAGAGCAGUAUUUCCUGAUGGAAUUGAAGUAGCGUUGGUAGGAGGCAAAUCGAAAGUCGCUCCGCUGAAGGCACAAUCUAUCCCGCGACUGGAGUUGAUGGCAGCAGUCGUCGGCGUUCGCUUCUCCCAAACAAUACUCAACGGCCACUCUUUGAAAAUUGAGAAAGUUUUCUUCUGGAGCGACUCGAAGACGGUGCUGGCCUGGAUAAACUCCGACCAUCGCAACUAUAGGCAGUUCGUCGCCUGCAGGGUAGGAGAGAUUUUGUCGAAGUCGAAUCCAGAACAGUGGCGCUGGGUUUCUACCAAGAAAAACGUGGCGGACGAGGCUACAAAGUGGGGGAAAGGCCCCUGCCUUUCAUCCAAUAGUCGCUGGUUUCGUGGUGAAGAUGAUCUGUACCUCCCGGAGGAUCAGUGGUCAUCGAGCGUGCAGUCCCCAGCAGUGCAGACCAACAAAGAGCUGAGAUCCUGUAUGGUGCAUUGCAAGAUAAAGGCGUUGCAACUGGUGGAGUGGGAGCGGUUCUCAAGGUGGACACGUCUGGUUCGAGCUGUAGGAUACGUCCAUCGAUACGCGCAGAACUUACGGCGGACGGCGAACAAGGAUUCAAGACAAACCGGACCGCUAUCACAAGAAGAGUUGGCAAAGGCGGAAACAACCAUUUAUCGUUGGAUGCAGCGCGAACGUUAUCCAGACGAAUUGACGGUACUGUUAUACAACAAGGGUAAGCAGUUGCAGGAACAGCAGCGGUUGGAGAGGACCAGUAUCAUUCGCAAGCUAUCACCGUUCCUGGACGAAUCGUGCAUCAUCCGUUCAGAUAGUCGGAUCGCUGCGGCAACUUUCGUUGCGUUCGACACCAGAUAUCCUGUAAUCUUGCCCAAGGAGCAUUUUGGCACACGGCUGUUAGUUGACUGGUAUCACCGAAGGUACCUACAUGCAAACGGUGAGACAGUCGUAAAUGAGAUAAGACAGCGUUUCCACAUCUCACAGCUGAGGUCCCUCGUGCGGAAGGUAGCGAAAGAAUGCACACCGUGCAAGGUAAAGAAGCCGUCCAGUCCAGCUGUACCUCGAAUGGCACCACUCCCUGCAGCUAGGUUGCAGGCAUUUGUGCGUCCGUUUUCGUACGUAGGCGUCGAUUACUUCGGACCAAUCGCCGUAAGAGUGAACCGUAGUACAGCCAAACGAUGGGUUGCACUAUUUACGUGCAUGACGACCCGCGCAGUACAUCUCGAGGUCGUGCACACGCUUUCCGCUGAGUCCUGUAAGAUGGCGAUAAGACGUUUCAUCGGACGCAGAGGAGCUCCGACGGAAAUACGAAGCGACCGAGGCACGAACUUCGUAGGAGCGAGCAACGAGCUGAAGAAGGAGAUGAACGCAAUCGAUCGCCAGUUAGCCGAAACAUUCACAAACGCGAACACGAAGUGGCUGUUCAACCCGCCAGGUACGCCCCAUAUGGGUGGGGCCUGGGAGCGCCUUGUCCGCUCGGUAAAAACUGCUCUCGCUGCAAUGGACGCUCCUCGGACACCGAACGAAGAAACGCUGGCGACAGUACUGGUUGAAGCAGAGAGUGUAGUGAAUUCGAGACCGCUUACCUACAUUCCUUUGGAAUCGGCGCAGGAGGAAGCCCUGACGCCGAAUCACUUCCUUCUGCUAAGCUCGAGUGGUGUAGCACAGACUCCAAAAAGAGUUGCGGAACCCCAGCUAUCAGGUCGUAAUGACUGGAACCUAUGUCGAGCUAUUGUUGACCAGUUUUGGCGACGGUGGGUACGGGAGUACCUUCCGACGAUUGCCCGGCGUACGAAAUGGUUUGAGGAGGUGAAGACAGUAGAGGUCGGAGACGUAGUCAUCAUUGUGGAAGAGAAGAUCCGUAACGGCUGGAUAAGAGGAAGAGUGGUCGAGGUUAUCGUAGGGCGUGAUGGACGUGUACGUGAUGCUGUAAUACAGACUGUCAACGGCAUUGUUCAUCGACCGGUUACAAAGUUGGCGCGAUUGGAUAUAGCUGGUAGUAAAGCUGGACAUGAGGUACCUGACCAGCCUUACGGGUCGGGGAACUGUUGCGGCAUGCGCCGAUCUAUAUGUGAAGACUCUAUAGACACCACACUCAAACAUCCUCACGGCCAAUGA